AGUGCUAGGCUGCUAGCGUUGUUGAUCUUGAUCCUCAAGCUAAGUAGUUAUCCUCCCUAAGCCAAGCCAAGGAGCGCCAACAUGCCUGUUCUAAGCAAAACUUGCCGGAUGGCAGCGUCCGCUAACGAUCUGUGGGGAGCGAUUUUUGGUGCCACAUAUGUAUACCCGUCCGCCAUGCCUAACCUGAUUGCAGGCAUCCGAGUGACCAACCGAGACGGUGUUACUGCCGGUUCGGUUCGGGAAAUCACUUUUGGACCCGCCACAGGACCUAUGGUCAGCCAGGCUACCGAGCAGAUUACCAGGUUCGACCAUGCCACUCGAACCGUCGAAUCCACCUUUAUAAAUGAUAGGAACUUCGUGGGCAGGCACUUUCGUGAUGCCUCUUUGGUCGUAAAGGUGGAUCCGUAUAACGCCAAUGCUGGCCCCAACUCUCAAGGUUCCACAAUCACCUGGACUUUGACCUACACAUGGAUUUCAGCUAUGGCACCAGGCAAUUUCAGUUUGGAGUACUUCUGGAAUGUUAUCGAACAGGAAUUCAACUGUUUAGACACUUACUUCUAG